CCACAAAGCAUAAAGCACGAGCAGUAGCCGGCCACUUUGGCCAGCCAUCAGAGCUACUACUGAGCUAGCUAGCAGUAGCAGCCAUCAUCCAUCCCAUCCCAGCACCAUCAUAUCACUCUGCUCACACUCACGCUCACGCUCACACCUGAAUCUCAUCUGCCUACACAACAAAUCCAAGCUAGCCAACAAGUUUACCAGCUUCUGUCUCAAAGAGCUCACUUCAUUCACAGGGCGGCAAGGCAAUGGUGGAACCGAGCAGAUCAGCCGGUGCCAAGAGCUCCACCACCACCACAACCGUGAGGAAGAAGAAGCUGACGGCAACAUCACCAGCCACCCCCAAGCCGGAUAAGGAGAAGCCGGCGGAUCAGGGCGGCAAGAAGCAGCAGAGCAGCCAUGGCAGCUCUGCAACUGCUGCGGCUGCGGACAGCCCUUCCUACAGGCUGGCUCUCAGGAGCCUCUUCUCCUGCCGGAACAGCCACGCGGCGCAGCACCAGCAGCACAACCAGCGCGCCGCUCAACCGCAGCCGGCGCCGGCGCCGGCAGAUGACGCCUCUAGCAGGAGGUGCAAGAAGAAGUCCAAGAAGCAGACGCAGCUCGGCUGCUCCGCCUCCAUCUGCAAGCUCCGGGACGCCAGCCCCCGCCGGGUCACGCUGCACCGCCCGCCCGCCGAGGAGGAGCCGCCCUCCGGCGCCGCGACCGGAGCAGGCGAGCCGUGCAAGCGCCGGGCGUCGGUGAGCGGUGCCGGCGAGCGGCGGGUGAAGAAGCCCCUGCAGCAGCCGCAGCAGGGGCAGGGACAGAACGAGGCGGCGGGCGCCGUGGUGGUGGGCUCGUCGUCGAGGCACUGGGGGUCUUCCACGGCGUCCUCGUCCUCGUCCACGGCUGGCGGCGGCGGGUCGUCGUUCCGACUGCGCAGGCUGUCCGGGUGCUACGAGUGCCACAUGGUGGUGGACCCCGCCGGCGGGGGCACCUCCAUGCGCGCCGCCAUCUUCCCCUGCCCCGACUGCGGCGACGUCUUCGUCCGCGCCGAGAGCCUCCACCUCCACCAGGCCACCCGCCACGCAGUGUCUGAGCUGGGGCCGGAGGACACGAGCCGGAACAUCAUCGAGAUCAUCUUCCAGUCGAGCUGGCUCAAGAAGCAGAGCCCGGUGUGCGCCGUGGACCGCAUCCUCAAGGUGCACAACGCGCCGGCCACCCUCGCCCGCUUCGAGGCCUACCGCGACGCCGUCAAGGCCAGGGCGCGCGGCCCGGGCGCCGGCCGCUGCACCGCCGACGGCAACGAGCUGCUCCGCUUUCACUGCGCCGCGCUCGCGUGCUCCCUCGGCGCGGGGGGCGCCACCCACCUCUGCGACGGCGCCGGCAACUCCUCCUGCGCCGCGUGUGGGAUCGUUCGGGACGGGUUCAAGUUCAGGGCGCCCGGGGUCCGCACCAUGGCCACCAGCGGGCGCGCGCACGACGAUGCCGUGGCCGUGGGUGGGGAGGAGGGGGAGGGCGGCGGAGGAGAGCGGCGCAGGGCCAUGCUCGUGUGCCGGGUCAUCGCCGGCAGGGUGAAGCGCCGCUGCGAGGGCGCGGCGGAGACGGCGGGCAAGGAGGAGGCGGACGCGUCGCCGUCGGCGGAUGCAGAAGCAGAGGAGGAGUAUGACUCGGUGGCGGGGACGGCGGGGGUGUACUCGAGCCUGGACGAGCUGGAGGUGUUCAACCCAACGGCCAUUCUCCCCUGCUUUGUCGUCGUCUACAAGGCUUGACUGAUGAGUGAUGACUGAUCAUCUCGGCGAUCCUUCUUCCCACUGAUUAAUUCCUAGCUUCCUGGGCUCAGGGAAUUUACUAAUCAAUUCCUUUCACGUCGACCUAAUUAGUUUGUUGCCUUUUCAGUUUAGUGGUAGUCAUGUUGCAUAGUAUCUUAAUUAGUUUGUAUGAUCAGCAGCACUAGUGUCAAUUCAUCUUUGUAUGAUCAAAUGGCAAUGAUCAAUUGAUCAGAUGCUACUUGAGCCUGAAUUUUUCCGACAUUUGCCCAUAUUCAGAAUGCUCGCAAGA